CAAAUAAAUUUUGGGCAUACAGAAGAGCAGAUCAAGCAAGAUACUGUGUGAUAAAGCGCACGGGGGCAUGGAGACAGGCGGCGUUGUUGUCGAUAGUAAGGUAGAAAAAUGGAAGAAAAUUUUGAGUGAGAGGAUGAGAAGUUGGAGUGGUCUUUUGUGGAGACAAGUCUGGAAGGCUGGUAGAGAAGAUCCGAGAAGAGUGAUUCAUUCGUUGAAAGUUGGCUUCUCUCUGACACUUGUCUCUUUGUUGUACCUGAUUGAGCCUUUGUUCAAAGGUGUUGGACAAAGUGCUAUCUGGGCUGUCAUGACUGUCGUUGUUGUUCUUGAGUUCACCGCAGGAGCAACAUUAUGCAAAGGGCUUAACAGGGGACUGGGGACGGUGUUAGCCGGAUCCUUGGCUUUUUUAAUUGAGUAUAUUGCCAAUGAGUCCGGGAAAGUUUUCAGAGCUGUUUUCAUUGGAGCUGCUGUUUUCUUCAUAGGAGGUGCAGCAACAUACAUAAGAUUCUUCCCCUACAUAAAGAAGAACUAUGACUAUGGAGUAGUGAUAUUCCUUUUGACCUUCAAUCUGAUAACUGUGUCCAGCUACCGUGUCAACAAUGUACUCAAGAUUGCACAUGAUCGCUUCUAUACCAUUGCCAUUGGUUGCGCCGUCUGCCUUUUCAUGUCUCUUUUGAUUUUCCCAAUUUGGUCUGGAGAAGAUCUCCACAAUUACACUGUUGCCAAGCUUGAAGGCCUUGCUAAAUCCAUUGAAGUAUGUGUGAAUGAUUACUUCAGCGAUAAUCAAAAGGAGGUACCAGAGGACACAUCAACUGAAGAUCCCAUCUACAAAGGUUACAAGGCGGUUUUGGACUCAAAAUCUACUGAUGAAACCUUAGCGUUGCAUGCGAGUUGGGAGCCUAGGCACUCUAGACAUUGUUACCGAUUUCCAUGGCAGCAAUAUGUGAAAUUGGGAGCUGUUCUUCGCCAAUUUGGUUACACUGUAGUUGCGCUGCAUGGAUGUUUACAAACUGAAAUUCAGACUCCACCAUCUGUUCGAUCUCUUUUCAAAGAUCCAUGCAUUCGAUUAGCUGGCGAAGUAACCAAGGUACUAAUGAAACUGGCAACAAGCAUAAGAAACCGCCAACAUUGCUCACCAGAGAUACUCUCCGAUCAUCUCCACGAGGCAUUACAGGAUCUAAACACUGCUGUAAAAUCCCAACCAAAGCUGUUUCUGGGAUCCAAAACCAAUCAGUCGGCGACCAACAAGCGAGCUGGCUUGGCAGCAGUAGCACAGACUUUGUCAGAUCAAACACGCAAAAGGGGUCAACAAGGAGUAUCACUCUCAAGCGUUAAAACGGACAGUUCGGCAUUGCUAGAAUGGAAAUCCAACAAACGGGCAUCGGAGCAAGCAGAGCGGAAGACGCUGAGGCCACAGCUGAGCAAGAUGGCCCUGACGAGCUUUGAGUUCUCGGAGGCGCUCCCUUUAGCUGCUUUUGCUUCUUUGCUGGUGGAGAUGGUGGCGAGGCUUGACAAUGUGAUUGAAGAAGUGGAGGAGCUUGGAAGGAUAGCUGGUUUCAAAGACUACAAUCCUGAUGAUGACACGAAUAUUGUUAUAACUUCACAAACAUCUCCACUCAAAACACAUUUGCCUUCUAACGGAUCAGUUGAUUGAUACUAAUUUCUUCCUAACAUGAUGGAAGAGAACUUCAUCUAUCCCAAGACAUCUUGCAAUCUUCAUAAGAUUGUAGUUGCACUAUCUUCAUAGCAGUAGUAAAUGUUAAUGUUUUUGUUUGGAUCAUCCUGGCUUAAGAGUUGAGAAGUGAAUGGUAUAGUAAUAUCAGGAGUGCCAAACAUGAUGUUUUAGGUUCCUUCUGUUGAUUGUUGCAUUAUAUACAUCAAGAAAUUUUA